AUGGUGAUAAUGGUGGAAUUUUUCGACAGGGGAAUUCAGAGAAGCCGCGCCCGAUCGCCCCUCAACGCCAGGUUGGCGGUGUACGGCAGCGGCAUCACGCUGGGCUCCAGGAAGCGGCUCUUCCAGCGGAAGCAUGGCCCUUCCAGCGGUUGGUUCUCGCUGCUGGUGCUGGUGCUGGUAGAGAUACUGGUUAUGCUGCUGGCCCAGCAGUUGCUGCUGCUGCUGGUCGUGGUGAUGGUGGUGCAAUUGGCGAUGGUGGUAGUGGUGGUGACGCUGUUCAAUCGGAAGGCUACGAUGCCUCGCGACAAGCGCUGCCGGCAGCGCUUCCGCAAGUCCCGCUGUCGCGAAUAG